AUGCCGCGACAGCGAAUCCGGGGCCCAGCUAUCCGCCGAGAGGAUCGCCGUCGAAGGCAACUGAAUGAAGCAGAUGAUCUAGCAGCUCUUCGACGCCUGGAAGAUUCUAUGAACCAAGCCGACCAAGACUCUCGACCCAUCCCCCCUCACCAAGACGAAUUAUUUAACCACCGCAAUGAUACCUUUGAAGAUUGCAAUGAAGAACUCAAUCUUCAACCAGGACUUGAAGACGAUGCAGAUGACAGUGAAGAUGGUCAGUGGCAAACCUGGGUCACUUUGGACAAAGAGGAACCUGAUGCUAUAGAUCUCAUGGUCCAAGCUAGCAACGAGAGACACCGACAGCGAGCUAGGGAAUUCAACUGGAAGUCACUCCUUGAUUACCUCCACCCGGCAUAUAUGGUUCAAAAAUUCAAGACAUCUAAUUGA